AAGAUUCAGUCCUGCUUGGCGAUUCACUCCCAACGGCCACUGUCGGUGAAGGGUAAGACAUUGGUGGUCAACUCCUUUGCCCUCACAACAUUGUGGCGCGUUAUUUGGGUGAUUCCCCCUCCUCGCUGGUUCCUCACCAAGGUUAGACGCGUCACCAAGACCUUUAUCAUGCGGUCCAAGCCAGCCCCAGCCUCGGUCUAGGAAUCGAUGAUCCCGAGAGACAACUGGACGCUCUCCUCCUCAGGUAUCUACAGAACAUGACAUCUGAAAAGCCCUCGAUGGGACGCAAGAUCCUCGGCUGUCUCCUCCAGCACUACGCCAAUGCGCCUAAUCCGCUGACGCCCCUGCUUUGCUUGGACAGGAAGGCAACAUGGUCCUGCACAAGGUCCAUUCGUCUCUUGCACCGCCUCUUCACCACUGCGCGCAAGCUCGCAGAAGCCUCUGUCUCGACCCACCUCACGGACAGCCCCUUGCCACAAGCUCCGAUGUCUCUCAAUAUAGCCUACCAGUUCUGGCAACAGCACGGCCAAGCCUCGUGGAUUUAUACACCCAGUCUCUACGUCGCCGCAUGACCAACAUCCUUUUGCCGACCGCGGACAUAAACGUGCCCACGACCUCCUUCGCUCAGGCCACCACAGGGGACUUCCGACGCUUCGCACAGCUCCCCUUCCACAAGGACAAAUCUGAGGGAAUGCCGGCUCAAUGGUCCAAGUUCUGGAAGAAGGCUCUACCAACGCAGGGCCGUAAUCUCUGGUGGCGAUAUCUCCAAGAGUCACUUCCUCAUGCGAGCUUUCGCCUCACAAACUGGCCCCGAGUAACUUUUCUCCCCAUGUGCCCAGUGUGCCAUGAAUCCGUGGAAGACUUGGAUCACUAUGUUGUGCUCUGCCCAUCCAAGCGCCAAGCCUGGAUCUCUCUCCUGCAACACCACUGCACAAAAACCAAAUGGUCAGACAAAGAGCUCCUCGACCUAGUCUCUAUUCAGGAUAAGCAAGGACGCCUCUCCUUCAAAGAUAACAUGCGUCUCACACGCGGGACCCCUGUGGGAUGGCUGGCAUCGCUCGCUUCCUCCAGAUCUUUUUCUUCGAACAUAUUGUCCUUACCCCCGCCACAACCUAAUAGCAUCUUGAAGGCAGCCUCAGAGCUAACAACCAAUAAAUUAAGGGGACGUCGCUAGAAAAAAAAACCCCCCCCCAAA